UGGAAGCGCCGAGCCCAAUGAGGUACAUGAUGGGAGCAGCUGUAAUGAUGAUCGGCGUCGUAUUGCCGCUUGCUUAUAUGAUGUUUAGGAACAAACGCGUUCCUUCCUCUUCUUCGUAUGCUAAACAGACUAACAAGGUUCUUAUAUAGAACGUGGAGGCAUACCGAAAACAAGUCUUUGAAAAGGAGAAGGAGAAGCAAGAGGAUGGCAGCUCAGCAACUCUUGUAGAUGCAUUGUACUUCUAAUUUGGUUCCAGAUUCGUUGAACUUAUGUAGUUUAUUUUUUCUUAUUCAAUUAAGAACAGAUGAAAGGAAAAGGAUAGUUUAUAUAGUUUUUCAGUGUUUAGUCCGUGUUUUCCUCUCAAUUAUACAGUUAAGCUUCCUAACCACGGAUCAAAUAGAAAGGAAACCUAGUGCCCCUGUAUUCUUAUUAUCCCCUUUAUUGUGAAUUGUUAUCCUGAUUUCUAUUGCCUAGUAUGCAAACUAUAAUAUCAGCAAUCCCUUGAGUUUUGUUGGGCUUAACCAGAA